UCAAGUUAGUUACCGGUAGGUGCCCUGUAUCAUCCUGUCUCGUAUUGCCUUGUUAUUGUCCCUUGUCUCGCCUUUUGUGUCGCCGUUUACAUUUUGUUGGGUCAAACGCAGAGCUACAGCCGCACAGAUUGUAGAAAAUGUCAAGUCAGAUAGAGUCCGACAGCAAGGGCGACAUCGCAUCAACGCCUGCUCCUGCAAGUGCAAGCCAGAGCGACGUGGCAUCAACGCAUGCUGCUGCUGUAAGCCAGGCCGAAAUGGCAUCUCUGCCAGCUGCUGCAAACCAGGGUGACAGGAGCCAGGGCGACAGGAGCCAGGGCGACAGGAGCCAGGACGACAGGAGCCAGGGCGACAGGAGCCAGGACGACAGGAGCCAGGGCGACAGGAGCCAGGACGACAGGAGCCAGGGCGACAGGACCCAGGGCGACAGGAGCCAGGGCGACAGGAGCCAGGGCGACAGUAGCCAGGGCGACAGGAGCCUGGGCGACAGGAGCCUGGGCGACAGGAGCCUGGGCGACAGGAGCCAGGGCGACAGUAGCCAGGGCGACAGUAGCCAGGGCGACAGUAGCCAGGGCAACAGGAGCCAGGGGGACGUGGCAUCGCCGCCCGCUACUGUAAGCCAGGGAGACGUGGCAUCAAAGGCAGCUUUUGAGUGUGACCAGGCCAAGGACUCAAGGAAGCUUCCAGGACCUGCAAGCGGUGACGAUGAUGAAGACGAUGAGGAGGAUGAUUCCCUGUACAGUCUGGUGUACUAUGAUGAGAGUUAUUUUGAAGAAGUUCUACAGCCGCUCUCGGAACAUGUAGACAGCGAGCAACUGGCUCACCAAGAGCCAGUAAAGCUACUUGCCGCCCCGAUACCGCGUUCCUAUUCUGAGAAAAACCUCAAGCCGAUAUUCGCACACUUUGGAACUGUCGUGGACAUGGAAGUUAUCAAGGACCAUGAUUCGGUCUAUAACAGAGGAUAUUGCUUUGUAACAUAUGCGAACAAGGACAGCGCGGACAAGGCCAUGAAGGCUCUCCAUGGUAUUUUUUCCCAUCCAGGUAUGGAGGACCCGUUGCAACUGACGCCAGUGGAUGACAAUGCAGAACCAGGAUCGCGUCAGAAUUUGGGUCCUUUGCUCGUUCCAGGAUAUUCUUUCCUAACACAUAAGAACAAGGACAGCGCGGACAAGGACAGCGCGGACAAGGACAGCGCGGACAAGGACAGCGCGGACAAGGACAGCUCAGGCAAGGACAGCACCGGCAAGGACAGCGCCAGCAAGGACAGCGCGGGCAAGGGCUGUGCGGACAAUGCCACCCAGGCUGUCCCUAACAGACGUCAUCCCAGAGAGAAGCGAACGCUUUUCAUCGGCAAACUCUCUAAGAACAUCGGUGAAUCAAACAUUCGGGAUCUGCUUAGCCCGUAUGGCACUGUCGAAGAGUGCAAGGUGCUACAUUACGACAAUAGUAACAAAAAGUCGUGUGCAUUUGCCACCAUGGGGUCCAGGGACGAGUGCUUAUCUGCCAUCAGGGACAAUUCCAGGGCAACGCAGGGUGCCUCAGCAUCAAUCGUCAUCGAGUUUGCCUACACUAGGAGCCAGCGUGCCGAGAGAAGGAACCUUAACAUGAUCCACGAGGUUGCAUGUCCCCGGGAUAGUCUACCUGGUCUACUCCAAGGCAACCUAGUUUCAGUCGAACAUGAACGAGACAGGCGAACGCUUUUCAUCGGCAAUCUCUCUAAGAACAACGAUGUCGAACACGUCCGGGACCUGCUUAGCCCAUAUGGCACUGUCGAAGAGUGCAAGGUGCUACAUGACAACUUUAGUAACAGGAAGUCAUGUGCAUUUGCCACCAUGAGGUCCAGGGAGGAGUGCUGGUCUGCCAUCAGGGCACCCUAUCCCAGGACCAUGGAGGGUGCCUCCACACCAGUUGUCAUCAAGUUUGCCGACCCUUUGAGCGAGCGUGCCGAGAGAAGGAGCCUUAACAUGUACUGCAAGAUGCUUGCACGUCAGGUUGCUCUAUGGCAAGGCAACCUAUCAGAAGCAAAUGUAGACGCACUGUACCGGAAGUUCCGCAACCCAGCAGCCCACCAACGUCAACAGGAAGGACCGGAAGGCUGUAACAUAUAUAUCAACAACCUUCCCGCUUACUUUAUGGAUUUUCACCUCUGGCAGCUGUUCUUAAACUUUGGUGAAAUUGUCAGUGCCAAGGUUUUCAUCGAUAAGCACACGCAUCAGAGCAAAUGCUUCGGCUUCGUGAGUUUUGCCAACCGUCAGUCGGCGUCACUAGCCAUUUCGUCAAUGAAUGGCGUGGUAUAUGACGGCAAGCGCCUGGCGGUGUCUUUGAAGCGGCGAGCAAGACUGGAGCGCAGCACCUCUUUCCCGUCCAACCUGGGUGCAAGACUGGAGUGCAGCACCUCGCUCCCGUCCAACCUGGGUGCAUAAGAGCCCUUUAUACUUUUCCGUACCCACGGGCCGGGGCACGAUGCCAGGCGCCCGUGGAAUCUGGAGCGAGCUGAAAAAUGUGUUUUUGUUUUGCCAUGGUAUGUAGCAAUGUGGUGCUGAGUUUUGUGUUUAUCAUUAAUUUUUGUCUCGAUUUUCUGUUCCCAUCUACGGCUUUUACGAUUUGUAUAAUAAUAUUGUAAUGUCCCUGCCUUCCUUAUGUAUCAUCCUGCAUGUGCGCAAACAGACACAAAAAAAAACAAAAAAACUGACUAUGAUCAUGAUGAUGCAUGAACCUUUGUAAUGUUAGCCCUCUGACGCAGCUCUUUACCUACAUUCUACAUUCGGUUGACAUGUCUUACCACCCACACACUAGCACGUGCACAGACCACCUGCUGCACUAGUGACUUACACACGAGAUCGAGAACGAGUUAUGAGUUAGUUCUGACUGUUUAUCAUCUUGUUACAGUCGUGGAUAGUUGCUGCAUAAGUCUAUCGUUCUGGUGUUUUCUUCUCUUUUUUACAUUUAUUAUUAAAUUUUAAUUAAAUCUCUUUCCCUCAAACCAGUUAAUAUUUUAAUUUUAAAUUUUUUUAUUAUUAAUUUUUUUCUGCAUAAGCGAAGCUGUGGACGCAGCAUAUUGCUGCUACACUUCAACGCGGGAAUGCGUAUAAUAAUAAUAAUAAUAAUUAAAUUUUAAGUCCUUUUUCUUUUCUAUAAGUUAAUCCUUGGUUCUCCAUCCGAGUCCACUAUUUAUUAUUAUUUGUACAAUAAAUAUCUCUCGUCUACAUUCGCUUUACGCAAUUCACUAGGACACUACUCAAUAGCUCGUUCUUUCAUUUGUCUGUCUCAAUUGUCUUCCGUGUAUAUUCCGCACCCCCUUGUUGGUACUGUUACGUCUUGGAACUCUUAUCGCUGGCUAUAAAACCUUUUCCUUAGUCUGCAUUUACUCAGUCUCAGUUUCAGUUUUGUUCUUAGCCUUGCUCUUGCUCUUCACUUGCUCUAUCAUCUUGCUCAGUUUCAUUCACUUGCUCAGCUCGACUCCAGAUACCGGAGAAAGUUUAAUAACGUUGUUACUUGUGAGUGUGUGAGUGUGUGUGUGUGCGUGUGUGUGUGUGUGUGUGUGUGUGUGUGUGUGUGUGUGUGUGUGUGUGAAAAAAAGACCAAAAAGUAGGGAUUCACUGGCCAGAAAAAGCCACUUCAUAGCUGUGUGGUGUAGACCAGGCUGAAUAGUGGCGGCCAAUUCUUCAGCCUUGCAAGCUGUUGAAUGGUGCAAUCCCAGCACAAGUUGCUAUGGCUUCUGCAGUAGCAUCGCUAUCAUCGCCUCCGGCGAUGGGCGUCCAA